AUGAACUACUACAACCACAAUCUUCACUCUAUCCUUGACUUUCAUGCUCCUCUGAAAACCAGGACAGUCACCUUCACCCGUUCCGCCCCCUGGUUCACAGAGGAGCUGAGACUACUAAAAAGGACUGGCCGAGUCCUGGAGCGGGCCUAUGUCACAUCUGGGCUGACAGUGCAUAAGUUGGCCUACCAGGAACAUCGUCGGAGAUAUGCCCAUGAACUCUCCAAGGCCAGGUCAGCACACUACUCCAACAUCAUUAACAAUAACCCAGGUAACUCCAAACAACUCUUCACCACAGUUAAACACCUUCUCAAACCUCAGACCUCACCACACCAUAACCAAACAGUCACCCAGUGCAACGAAUUCAUGGAUUCUUUUUACCUCAAAAAUACACAAUAUCCGCGCAUCUCUCUCCUAUGCCAACAGUUCUAUCCCGUCAAGUGA